AUACUUCCGGUACACGUCUGACGUUUGCGUUGUGAACAAGUUUUAGCUAGUUCGUAAAUGAUACAUCCACAAUUCUUUGGUCCAUUGAAGCUCAGCAAAGGUUUAAGAACUGUGAACUUCUGAAGGAGUUUUAAUUAAAAUGCCAGCAUUAAACUUAUCUGGUUCUGAAUUCCGAUAGGUAAAAUCUUCCUAUGUGAUUUCUUGAAAGAGUUAAUGCUAAAAACAUGCUAACGUAAUCGUUAGUCAUCCUCCACGUCGCUGAAAGUUAGAUACGAGAGAGACAUUUUUAUCAACACAGCUGUAUCUUGAGCUCAUCCACCAGUCACACUGAAUGGGCUAGCUGUGGACACUCAAGAUCAGUUGUUAACAUCAUUUGGGCCCGUGCACGUGACAUCAGACAGAAAUGGCCAGCAACUUCCGCAGUUACAUCUGGGACCCAGUUCUCAUUGUGUGUCAGAUUGUGUUGAUGCAGUGUAUCUACUACAGCUUCUUGGGCCUGUGGUUGGCUGGAGUGGACAGCCUUGUGCAGAGCAGUCGGUCACUCGAUCAGAUCUUCAGUUAUGAAGUUCUUGGGUUUGCAACCUUGCAGGGCAGACUCUCAAUGAUGGCAUUCAUCUUGAAUUCUCUUACCUGUGCUCUUGGUUUGUGGUUCUUCAUCCGCCGUGGGAAACAGUGCCUGGACUUCACGGUCACCGUGCAUUUCUUUCACAUGAUUGGCUGCUGGAUUUAUAAUGCUCACCUUCCUUCUGCUCUGUCUUGGUGGCUCGUCAAUAUUGCCUGCAUGGCGUUGAUGGCUGUCAUUGGAGAGUACUUGUGCAUGCGGACUGAGCUUAGGGCCAUUCCAGUCAACACUGGACCCAAAUCUAAUUUGUAAAUUUGGAUUUUGUUUUACACAAAACUGAAAGUUUAUGGAUUGUUAACCCCUGGUAUACUCGUGAAAGAGGGUUUCCACGGAAACAACAAACUUCUGUCCAUGUAAAUAUUGGAUUGAUAUUCCACUUUUCAUCAAGUGAUCUACAGACAUUUAUUUAUAGCUGCUCAUUAAAUAUGGGACAGUAUUAACUGUAUUAUAUGGCAAUGUAAAUAUUGUUUUUAAUGGUUUUGAAAGGAAAAUUUCCAAACUGAAUCUAAGAGCUUUAUCCGUAGCUAAUACAUUCCCAUGAGCGUCCUGUUCCCCUUCAUUUAAAUAAUUUUUCCUCUCUUUGCAGUGCACACGAGGGUUGUAAAACACUUAAACAAAAUAAAGUUUUCUUUUUUACAUUUUUUCUUUGUUUCUUAAACAUUAAUGUUGGGUUACAAGUUUCUUGCUUAAAAAUACAUGCUAUGGUUUUCUAACACACAAUAUUCUAUGAUUGUGUCACAGUAUCAAACAUUCCUAUGACGAAGAAGUUUGUCCAUUCAGUCUCAUUGUGCUCAUUAUAACCCUUUUACUUUUCAAGCAUACAGUGCAUCCAGAAAGUAUUCACAUUGCUUCACUUUUUCCACAUUUAGUUAUGUUACAGCCUCAUUCCAAAAUGGGAUAAAUUCAUUUUUGUCCUCAAAUUUCUACACACAAUACCCCAUAAUGACAAUGUGAGAAAGGC